AAUCCCACCGCCUCAAACUCCUCUCUCACAUUGCUCCAUCAAUUUCAAUUCUAGACAAGUAUGAGUGAAUUCGUGCAUGAAGAAUCGAUGCUGCUGCGCACGGAGCCCUCCUUCUGCAUAUACACUGACGGCGAGUUCGGCCAACAUGUCGGAAAUGUGGAGGCGGUGAGAGAGAAGAUUGAGAGUACUGCUACGAUUGGGGAAAACGUGGAUGCUGAGUUCAGUUUUGGGGAAAAUGGGAUGAGAGUGAUUCAAGAAGUUGAGUAUGAAGACGAAGAAGAGGAGGGAAAGGCACCGAGUGGAUUAAAAAAUCUCAAGAUUGAAACCAGAGGAGACCAAACUAGCCCUCCUAUUUUUCUGGUGGAAGGGGCCGAUGCGGCCGCUCUCCCAAAGUGGAGAAAUCAUGCUGAAUAUUUGGAGUCCACUGGAGACCUAUGUGGUGCUGAGGAAUACUAUUUCCGAGCUACAGAGGCGGAUCCUGAAGAUGGUGAACUGCUGUCUCAAUAUGCCAAGUUGGUAUGGCAGCUCCGUGGUGACCAAGCUAAAGCCUUACGUUAUUUUGAAAAAGCAGUUGAGGCUGCUCCCGCGAAUAGUGAUGUCCUUGCUGCAUAUGCAAGUUUCUUGUGGAAUGUAGGAGAAAGUGAGGGGGAAGAGCAUUUGGCUGAUGACACCCAGAAAUGGCAGGUCAAUGAGAAUCUUGUUAUGGUGGAUUCAUUUGGAGGAGAUUUUAUUGAAGAAAUGAGGCCAUCUAGCCCUACUUUGCAUCUUGCCAUGGGGCUUGGGCUCGACGGUGCAUUUGGCACUACACACUCAAACUUAGGUGAAACUGCUAAUGCUGAUGAAUACUACAGGAGGAUGGUCGAGGAAAGUCCUCACAACGUUAGUUUUCUGAAAGAUUAUGCUCUUUUCUUGCAUCAGAAGAAUGGAGAUCUUGAGGGAGCCGAAGAAUAUUAUUUACGAGGAAUACAAGAAGAACCCCGUGAUGGACAGCUGCUUUCUCUGUAUGCCAGUAUAGUGUGGCAGCUUCAUCACGACAAAGACAGAGCUGCACCUUUUUUUGAACGGGCAGUUGAAGCAUCUCCAAUGGAUAGCGAAGUGCUGGCUGCAUAUGCUAAAUUUCUAUGGGAAACAGAGGGGUGAAGAAGCUAUCAUUGACGAAGCACAGAUGAGCAGCAACUGACUGGUGGCAUACAUAGAACUGAGCUAGAUGCUUUAACAAUUCAAGAAUGCAUUUAGUAGGCAUGCUAGCUCUCCAGUUGUAAUUUGAUGAAAAUACAAGGAAUUGUAUUAGUAACAUUUACAUGAAUUGAUUCCUGCACCACACGACGUUAAUGACUUGGAUAAUUUGUGAU